CGCGAGCCGCCCGAGGAGCCGCGCCGGCGCUCGGCCUUUAAGCAGCGGCCCGGGAGGAGGGGGCGCGGCGCGGCUCUGAAUGGGGCGCCGCGAGGCCGGGCUUGGCUUUGUGCGGCCAGCCCGCGGGCACCCCGCCCGGCCCCCGCCCCGCCCACCGCGACCCCUGCUGCCGCGGAGCGGAGACCCGGCGGUCGCCGCGGACUCGGGCUAGAAGGACGUAAGGUCAGCGGCGGACGCGCGCGGAGGGCGCCCGUGUGCCGGGUGGGCGGCGGGAGCGUCCGCGAGCUGGCGGGAGGGCUCCCUGGAGUAGCCAGAAGUGGAUUCCAUCAUGGCAGAACUCAAGGUGGAGACCCGAGCCAGCGUAGACUGGCAGAAGCGCUGCCUGGCCUUGGAAACCCAGCUCUUCCGGUUCCGCCUGCAGGCCAGCAAGAUCAGGGAGCUGCUGGCUGACAAGAUGCAGGAGCUGGAGCAGAGGCUGCUGGAGGCAGAGCAGAGAGCAGAGAAUGCGGAGACCCAGGUGGGUGUGAUGGAGGAAAAGGUGAAACUGUCCAAUCUGAAGAAUGUGGACUCAGCCGGCAGCCUGCACCGGAAGUACCAGGAAUUGCUGAAAGCCAUGCAGAGCAAAGAUGAGCUUAUCAGCCAGCUGGAGGCACAGCUGGAGAAGCAGAAGCAAAUGAGAGCUGAAGAAGCAAAAGUUGUCCAAGAAAAAGCUGCAAAGAUCAAAGAAUGGGUGACCCUGAAGUUAGCAGAGCUUGAGAUGGAGAAUCAGCACCUGAGGAGCAGUAAUCAGCAGUUGGUAGAGCAGGUGGGAGCCCUUCAAGAUGCUCUAGAAGCUCUUCAGAUGGCACCUUCGGGAAAGCUGUUGGUGGCCCCCCAGGAAACCCCAGAGCAGGAUUCUGGCUCUUCAGGGCCAGGGACCCAGCCGACAGGGCAGGACCAUGGUCCUCAGGCCCAGGGUGCCCUGAAGGCAGCUAUGCCUGCACCUUCUACAGGUGCUCUGCAGAGCAAGGACUGUGUUCCUAAAGCAGGAAUUUUCUUGGAGGAUUCGAGUUCCAUCAUGGUCCAUCCUGGAGAAAUAUCAGAGGCCAAGACCUUUCCACCUCGUCUGGGAAGAGAGGGUUCUCCCCGCCGGCUGUGUGUGAAGUCUCGCACCCACAGACAUGGUUCAGCUUCCUGGGGUGAGGGCCUGGUCAUUGCUCAGGGUGGGACACUCCCUGGGACAAAGAACUCUGCCAGGGAAGGUGGUCCGGGCUGCAGCCUGACUCUCCCGAAAGUGCGGGCCCCCAGCAACCCCCGGGACAGCAUCCAGCUGGCCAAGCGGCACCACAGCCAGCCCCAGGUGGGCCCUGGGCCCUUCAACCACGUGGUGAGCAUUGAGGUUGGGACCCUCUCAGCCCUCCACCCCUCCAGCCUUCCUGAGGUGGAGGCCCGAGCUGAGCUCCGGGAGGAACCAGAAAACAUGGAGAUGGAGGAGCAACCCCCAGCCGGGAAGAAGGAGGAAAGAAAGAGCCCGAAGGCCCCCAGAGCUGAGCCGGAGGAAGUGGAUUUGGGCAACAAACCUCCCACACCCCCUCUGCACCGGUUUCCAUCCUGGGAGAGCCGGAUCUACGCGGUGGCUAUGGCUGGCAUGCGGCUCUCAGACGCAUCUCCCAGAACUAUUGCCACCUGUUGCGCUUCAAGCCCUCCUGCCCUUGCGUCCCCUGGGCCUUUCUCUGGCCUUGUCUACAAGAAUGUCACCGUGCCUGUCUACACAGCCCUGAAGGGGAGAGCCACGCAGAUCAGCACUGUACCCUUUGUGGACGAGUCCUCUGGGUCUGACGAUGACUGCAGCUCUCAGGCGAGUUUCCGAACUUCGGUCCCCUGCUCUGAGUCCAGGAAGACCAGUGGACUGGGCAGCCCUCGGGCCAUCAAGAGAGCAGGCGUCUCCAUGUCCUCGCUGAGCUCCGAGGGAGACUACGCCAUCCCCCCAGAUGCCUGCUCGCUGGACAGUGACUACUCAGAGCCUGAGCACAAACUACAGCGCACCUCGUCCUACUCCACCGAGGGGCUGGGCCUGGGCGGGGAGUCCCUGGAGAAGUCGGGCUACCUGCUAAAAAUGGGGAGUCGGGUGAAGACGUGGAAGAGGCGCUGGUUUGUCCUGAGACAGGGACAGAUUAUGUACUACAAGUCCCCGAGUGAUGUCAUCCGGAAACCUCAAGGUCAAGUGGAACUGAAUUCCCGUUGCCAAAUUGUUCGAGGGGAGGGUGCACAGACAUUCCAGCUUAUCUCUGAGAAGAAAACCUAUUACCUGACGGCUGACUCACCCAGCCUGCUGGAGGAGUGGAUCCGAGUACUGCAGAGCCUGCUGAAGGUCCAGGCCAUUGGGCCUCUGGCCCUGCCACAGGGUGGCAUCAAGCCCACCGUGAAGGGCUGGCUGACUAAGGUAAAACAUGGCCACUCCAAGCUGGUCUGGUGUGCUCUUGUUGGGAGAACCUUCUACUACUAUCGGAGCCAUGAGGACAAGCGACCCCUGGGCCAUCUGCCUGUGCGGGAUGCACGCAUAGAGGAAGUAGAUCGAUCCUGUGACUCAGACGAAGACUAUGAGGCUGGCGGAACCAGGCAGUUGCUCUCCUCCCACUGCACCCUGGUGAUUCACCCCCGAGAGCACAGCCCUACCUACCUCCUCAUUGGCACCAAGCAUGAAAAGGACACGUGGCUUUACCACCUCACGGUGGCUGCAGGUGGCAGCAGUGCCCGGGUUGGCACUGCCUAUGAGCAGCUCAUUGGGAAACUGAUGGAUGGGGAGGGAGACCCAGAGUGGGAGUGGAGGUGGGAGGCAAGUUCCCUCACCCCUGGUGCUGUGCUUUGGGCAGAUUCCCCUCUCUGGAGGCACCCCAUGCUGUGUUACAGCAAAGACGGGCUAUACACCUCCCUCACCACCCUGCCCUCCGAGGCCCUGCAGACCGAGGCUCUCAAGCUCUUCAAGUCCUGCCAGCUUUUCAUCAACGUGCCUGUGGAAGCGGCCUCCGUAGACUAUCACGUGUCCCUGGCCCAGACGGCACUACAGGUCUGCCUGGUUCACCCCGAGCUGCAGAGCGAGAUCUACUGCCAACUGAUGAAGCAGACCAGCUGCCGCCCACCUCAGAAGUCCUCCCUCAUGCAGUGCUGGCAGCUCCUGGCUCUGUGUGCCCCACUUUUCCUGCCUCAGCACCACUUCCUCUGGUACAUCAAACAGCAGCUCCAGCGCCAUGCAGAUCCCACAAAUGAAACUGGCCAGUAUGCCACCUACUGCCAGCGGGCAGUGGAGCGGACUCUACAGGUGGGGGAGCGGGAGGCCAGGCCGUCACGCAUGGAAGUGGUGUCCAUCCUGCUGCGCAACCCCUUCCACCACUCCUUGCCCUUCAGCAUCCCCGUGCACUUCGCCAAUGGGACUUACCAGGUGGUUGGUUUUGACGGCUCCUCCACAGUUGAUGAGUUCCUCCAGCGUCUGAACCAAGAGACGGGCAUGAGGAAGUCAUCCCACUCUGGCUUUGCCCUCUUCACAGAUGACCCUUCUGGCAGGGACCUGGAACACUGCCUGCAGGGGAGCAUCAAGAUCUGUGAUGCCAUCUCCAAGUGGGAACAGGCCCUGAAGGAGCUGCACUCUGGAAAGGCUGAGGGUGGCACACGUGUGGUGAAGCUGAUGUACAAGAACAGGCUGUACUUUCGGAGUCAAGUCAAAGGGGAGACGGAGCGGGAGCGGCUGCUGCUUGCCUCCCAGACUAGCGGGGAGAUAGUGGCAGGGAGGUUUCCUGUCAACAAGGAGCUGGCUCUCGAGAUGGCUGCCCUGAUGGCCCAGGUAGAAUAUGGAGACUUAGAGAGGCCCACCCCACCAGGCCCUGGGAGCACACCCCCUGCCAAGCUUCAGCAUCACCUCCAACAAGUCCUAGACAGGUUCUACCCAAGGCGCUACAGACACGGGGCACCCCCUGAACAGCUGAGGCACCUGGCAGAUCUGCUGACCACAAAGUGGACCGCACUGCAAGGCUGCUCCCCUCCUGAGUGCAUCCGCAUCUACCUGACAGUGGCCCGGAAAUGGCCUUUCUUUGGUGCUAAGCUUUUUGCUGCUCAGCCUGCACAGCUGUCUUCCAAGGAGAAUGCUCUGGUGUGGAUUGCUGUGAAUGAGGAUGGGGUCAGCAUCCUGGACCACAGCACUAUGCAUGUGCACGUCACUUACCCCUACUCUUCAGUAAUGACCUUCGGUGGCUGCCGGGAUGACUUCAUGCUUGUGAUCAGAUCCAUUCUGGACCAGAGCUCUGGAAAAGGCCACACUGAAAAGUUGCUCUUCCGGAUGGCUGCUCCCAAGAUUGCAGAGGCUACCUUCAUCAUGGCCAGCUACAUGAACCAUUGCUCUCCAACUGUGAACCCACCUACGAACCCACCUGCUGCCCGCCAGCUACGGGAACUGGACAGACAGCAGCUUUUUGCUUCUGUUCCAUGUGCUGCCAGAGGGCCAACGUUGCUGUGAAUAUUUCUCCUACCCCUUUCCCCCUCCAACCACCUGGUGCCUCUGUGAUUAGAGAUUGGUGUCCUGGGGUGUGAUACUACUGUGAUGGGGUCUAACAGCCCUCCCCCAGCCUGUUCUGUGAAAUGUGUUAUUUCACUUUCCAUGAAGCCUUCAUUCUCUAGGUGCCUUAUCAUGUUUCAGGGCCCAACUUUUAAAAAUCCAGACCCAGUAUAAAAACCACUUUUUUUCCCACAAGAAUACUGAGCUCUGGAUGCUGCCCGAUUCUAGAUACAAGACUGGGAUGGUCCAUGUUACUAGUUACUAAGGGCGUCAGUGCCAUAAGUCAGAGCUUUCUGCACUGAUACUCUUAGGAAGGAUGGUAUCUUUUAUAUUGUAUAUGGUCCUUAUGUGGGGAUUUAUACUUGAAGUUUUCCCAACAUCCCUGAACAAGACAGGACUAAAAUUUCCAAUUCACCUGAACUGUGACAAAAGCCUAGAACUCACUAAAACUGGACUUCCCUUUCCAGAUGGGAAAGGUAUUGGCAGGGCUAGAGGAAAAGGAAUAGACUCACCUUUCCCCUUCCCCACUGCAAAUGAGUAGGCAUUUGCAGUGCCCCUCUGGGGCAAGAGUUCCUAUCUUGGAAAAGGCACUAUCCCUGCUGAGAUUCAAGCUGUUCUCCCUCACACUGGACUGUGAGCCCAACUGGGUGCAAGCAAGGUCAGGGAGUUAAGUCCAAUCUGACCUCUCCCUGUCUCAUUUUAAUGACUGGCCAGGGCUCAGCAAAGGCUAUGCUUCCUGCUGUAGGAUGGGGUGGUCACCAGUGGUUUCCUUGCUCUUUGAAAAACCCAAGCAAAUGCACUCUGUUUUUUGCUGUUUUGUGAGGCCAUCAUAGAUGAGUCAGAAACAGAAUCCAGGCUCAUGGGCCUGAAAUUGCUCCUCAGGACUCAAUGGUGAACUUCUGCUGGGAAUUAGUCCAAGGGCAGAAGGUACACAGGUGAUACCUGUCCUAGCCUGAGAGCACCCUGGUGAUAUAUCUCCCCAUCUGCAACUGAGGCCUUCUGUUGAGUGCAGAGGAGAUGAUCUUUGCCUCCACCCUCCCCUAACAGAAAACAGAAAGACGAAAGAGUUCAUUUAUACUCUGAUUCUCUGCCAUUGGAGAAGCUGAGCUUUAUUUCAUAGCUCUAAGGCAGUCUCACCAUUUAUCAAUCAAGGGCUGAAAACUGUGUGGCUUGAGCAGGAGCAUCCAGAAACCAAGCCUUUGACUUCCACAAAGUGUGUGUGUGUUGCACACUGCAAAACCUUCAAGGUUGGAACUAGUUCAUCUGAACACCUCAGCUGCUAUAAGCUUCCCCCCUCUCACCCUUUAAACUGACAAACAUUGGAAAAAAAAAAAAAAAGCACAUUAGAGCAUCUGUCUUUUAAACUUGACUUUGCAAGGCUGGCAAUUUACAGCCGUCUCCCGUUUCUGUUGCUGCCUUUCCCCCAGGAUGAGAUCUAGCUGAGACAUUUCUACCUCGAACAACUCAAACAUCACAUGUACCACAGUCUCCUGAAUAACCCCUCCUGAGCUCAUUGAAAAGGAAUUACAGCUCUAGUUUUAUAAUAUCCUGAAUAUCUCUAACGCCCAUGAGGAUAAUAUUAUCUACCUGGGAAUUAAAAAAAAAAAAAAAAAAAAAAAAGGAUCCUAAGGAAAAAGCAAGAAUGGAGCUGCGUUCACACUGAACUUGGGGGUCAAGCUGUUUCCCCCACCCUAGCUCCUUCCCAGCCUUUCAGGAAUCCUCCCAUAGUGUAUUAAGUACAGAAGAUACUGCCUUAUAAUCAAAAGCUUCUGCGGUUUGUGUGUUUAUCCUCCUUUAACCUGUCUGGAAACCAAAGUCGAAUUUCUGUCUGGUCUUUUGUCCCAUCCCUCUUGGCAGAAGAAGUGUUUGAAACCAUAGACAAUGCUGAGUAACAAGAGUAUUAAUGUGCUUGACAUCCAAGACUGAAAUGCCGUGUUCAAUGUCAAUAAAAAGCAACUGUCUGUGAA